AUGGACGAUGGCGAUGACAUGGAUGUGUCGGUUGACGGGAUUCUGUCCAAACGUGCAAAAAAUCAAAUGCGACCGAUGUGUGCCAUGUUCCAAUUGCAAAGCCAGCAAGUUGACGAAAAGAAGAUUGAUCGAAUUGAAGACCGAUUAGCAAGCAUCGAGAAUGUUUUGGCGGGUCUCGCAACCAGAUUGGGUAAUUUGGACUUACAGAAAGAUGAUUCAAGCAGCCAGUCACGAUCCAGUCGGGUUGGCGUAAAUAAUAAAAGCCCUGGGAUUACGACUGAUGCAGCCGCUACUCCUGCAACGUUCGAAGGUGAAACAACAAUCAACAGUCAAUCGGGUUAUGCACGAGAGCUACUGGCCCAGGCUAUCGGCAACACACCAUCCAUGGAACAAAACGCAGAGAUUAGAUCUGCACUGACCGCGCUGAAAGAAUUAGUCGGCCAACAAGGCCAAAUAACUACGUCUUCGAAUCAGCUCAUUAAUCGAACUCUCGCAGAAUUUGACCCGGCCAAGUUGGAACGGCCACCCUGGGCUGUGGUUAGCGACACUUUGGACAAGGCGUGCAAGUUCCCUACCAUGGCUUUUGUGAUCAUCUUUCCCUUUCUGAAAAUGGAGAAUAUAAGGGAGAUUGUAGAAGAUGCAUACUUCAACGCAGGCUCUUGUUCUGCUCCGAGGCGCGUCCUCGCUUACGGGGUCAUGGAGAACAUAUUUGUUGAGUUCAAGGCAUUCCCUCUCGCCAAUCAGGACAUCGGCCAUUUUGGAGAAUACAGCAACAUGUGCAAAAGGCAUAUGGAGGUGGCUAUGAGCCAGCUGGAUAUUUUCAUGCCAGCAAGCUACGAGAACAUCAUGGCUCUACUAAUCAGCGCUGCACAAUCAAUCGAACUGUGUAAACCAUCGCUAUGCUGGGUCAUGAUCUCGACUGCAGCCGGCCUGUGCCAAAACCUCGGCUACCACCGCAUCAAUACAAUGGCGAAUGAUAGUGUGGAAGAACAAAAUGCUAAGAUCCACGUUUUUUGGAUGGUCUACAUGCUUGACAAGACCCUUUCGCUUCGUCUUGGUCGUGCCUCGAUCAUCCAGGAUUGGGACAUCUCGCUUCCAUUUUUCGUUGGCAAUGAGAACGCUACGGAAACUCCUGAUGGCACCCAGAUGCUUUCCUACUGGAUCAAAGUUGCACGAGUUCAAGGCUUGACGUACGAGAAGCUCUUCUGUCCCGCCGCCUUCCUCACGUCGCCUGACGAACGUGCUCGUAUUGCUAAUGAUCUGGUCAAUGCGAUGAACCAAGCGUGGCUUGAAAGGGGUGAGGUGACCGUUGCAGAUUUUACAGACUUGGGUAAGGACAUUAAGUUUGUGCCUCAUCGCACAUCAUACACCCUGAAUAGCCCAAGCACCACAGAGAUACCAUCCAGGCGCAAGCGGCUCGGGCCUCCAAAACCGAUAACUGCGCCUCUGAAUGCGGCAGAAUAUAUACAAGGGUCGUUUGAGCGCAUUCAAGAUAUAUUUUUUCAUUCAGAUGUUGUUAUGCACUAUUCUACUUGUGCGCUCAUCCAACGAGCCGUCAGUCCUGACAAUUUCACAUUCAAUCAAGAAUGUCUUGAAUCCUCUCGAGCGGCUCUGGCAGCCCACAUGAGGGCAAACGCUCAGUUCAACACCAAUGGAAACGAGGAGUUAUGGUCAGGUUAUAUCCAUUGGUCUAUCCUCAACGCCCCUUUUACUCCUUUUAUUGUCAUCUUUUGCUAUGUCAUUCAAGAAAACGAGUCCAGUGACCUCGACUCUCUCUUUGACUUUGUCGCCAGCCUAGAAUCCUGUCGCACUAUAUCGGAAGGCGCCGACAGACUAUACAAAAUGUGUCACAUGUUCUCGCAAAUCGCGAAACUCUACGUUCAAGCAAAGACUCAAGAAAAAACGACGCGCACUCAAGCAGGAGCUCAGGGAAGCCAGACAGAUUAUUAUACCACAGCUGAUGGAACACACUUGGAUCUCAAUGCAUCAAACUCAUUCGAUCCAUAUCUCAAUGCACUUGGCCUCAUGCCAAAUUGGAGAUGGCCGGGUCCUGGCGUCCAUGCUACAUCAAAUGAAUUCGAUGCUCCGCAGGAUACUAGUGGAGUCAACAUCUACAACCAGGGAAAUAAUUUAAGCGGUGUGCCAGGCAUUAGUGCGACGAAUCUCGGCUUUGGUCCCCUAGGUGGAAACCAGAAUUCUGUACAAGAUUGGUUCUCUGGAUCACGAUAUCUGAUGAAUUGGAUAGAAGCGGGUGACGAACUCCAGAUGCCAGAUUUAAAUUUAUAG